CGAAGAGGAGGAAAAAGGAGGACUUCUUUAUGGGCGUCGCUCAGAUUUAAAUCCUGCGGUUGGGACAUGGAAUCAUCAACGCCUGAUCAUGCCGAUCAUCAUGCUGCUAACAACAACAACAAGAAGCCUCGUAAUAAUCCAAAUUUGAUUACGACAAGCGAUCACCUGCGGCAUGUGGAGUCGAUGGCCACAAUGCCUUCCGGCGCCGGAAACAUUUCCCACCUGAACGCUGUCAUUCUCGGAGAAUCUCUCGCUUCUGAAGAGAACGAUCUCGUCUUUCCCAGCGACCACUUCUCCCGUCAGGCCCACGUCUCCUCUCCCCAACAGUAUCUGGAGAUGUACAAACGGUCCAUCGAGGAUCCCGCCGGAUUUUGGUCCGACAUCGCUGCCACCUUCUUUUGGAAACAGAAAUGGGGCCAACCUGUGUACUCGGAGAAUCUUGAUGUCAGGAAAGGCGAUAUCCGAAUUGAGUGGUUCAAGGGCGGUAUCACCAACAUUUGCUACAAUUGCCUUGACACAAAUGUUGAAGCUGGACUUGGUGACAAAAUUGCCUUCUACUGGGAAGGCAGUGAGCUUGGUGUUGAUGCCACAUUAACUUACACCCAGCUUCUCAAGAACGUUUGCCAGCUUGCGAACUAUUUGAAAGAUGUUGGAGUUAAAAAGGGUGAUACUGUUGUGGUUUACCUGCCCAUGUUAAUGGAACUUCCAAUUACAAUGCUUGCUUGUGCUCGCAUUGGUGCCGUUCACUCGGUUGUCUUUGCCGGAUUUUCUGCAGAAUCUCUUGCUCAAAGGAUUGUAGAUUGCAAACCGAAAGUUGUAAUCACUUGCAAUGCUGUUAAAAGAGGUUCUAAGGUUAUCCACCUCAAAGAUAUAGUUGAUGCUGCCCUUAUAGAAUCAUCCCAAAGUGGGGUUUCUGUAGAUGUAUGCUUAACUUAUGAAAAUCAAUCGGCUAUGAAGAGGGAAAGUACUAAAUGGCUUGAAGGAAGGGAUGUAUGGUGGCAGGAUGUCAUACCUAAAUAUCCAACUACUUGUGCAGUGGAGUGGGUUGAUGCAGAAGAUCCACUUUUUCUGCUCUAUACCAGUGGGAGCACUGGUAAACCGAAGGGAGUUCUCCACACAACUGGAGGAUAUAUGGUGUACGCUGCCACAACAUUUAAGUACGCAUUUGAUUACAACUCAUCUGACAUCUACUGGUGUACAGCUGACUGUGGUUGGAUCACCGGGCACAGCUAUGUCACUUAUGGACCCCUGCUUAAUGGAGCAACUGCUGUUUUAUAUGAAGGGGCUCCAAAUUAUCCUGAUCCUGGACGCUGUUGGGAUGUUGUUGAUAAAUACAAGGUGACCAUAUUUUAUACUGCCCCCACAUUAGUGCGGUCCCUUAUGCGUGAUAGUGACGAGUAUGUUACACGAUACUCGCGAAAAUCGUUACGGGUCCUUGGAAGUGUAGGCGAGCCUAUUAACCCAAGUGCAUGGAGGUGGUUUUUCAAUGUGGUUGGAGAUUCAAAAUGUCCUAUUUCUGACACUUGGUGGCAAACUGAAACUGGUGGCUUCAUGGUAUUGUAGUACUGUUCUUAUAUAGUUUUUAUCCCUUGCACCAUUGACUGGUGUUAAGCAGAAAUGUUAGUGGCACGGGAAAAUUCCUCAAGA